AUGUCUCAAACUGAAGCACCCGACUGUCUUCAUACCCCUGACUACCUGUCUUGGAGAAAACUUCAGCUGUCAAGAGCCAAGCUGAAAGCGAGCAGCAAAACCUCAGCCUUACUGAGCGGUUUUGCUAUGGUAGCUAUGGUUGAAGUACAACUCAAUACCGAAUCCAAGGUUCCAGAAGCAAUGCUUAUAGCAUUUGCUAUAUGCACAACUUUACUUGUAGCUGUACACAUGUUAGCUCUCAUGAUCAGCACAUGUAUUUUACCAAAUAUUGAAGCCGUUUGUAAUUUGCACAGUAUUAAUUUAGUGAAUGAAUCACCGCAUGAAAGAUUACAUUGGUACAUAGAAACGGCUUGCUUUUCUACUUUAUUGGGACUACUACUGUUUUUGUUAGAGAUUGCUAUAUUGUGCUGGGUGAAGUUUUAUGAUCUAAGUCCAGUCGCAGCUUGGUCUGCUUGCAUUGUUUUAAUCCCCGUUUUGAUAGUGUUAGCCUUUGCAGUUCACUUUUAUAGAUCGCUUAUGAUACAUAAAUAUGAAGUUACAAUUUCUGGAAUUCGGGAGUUAGAAAUGUUAAAAGAACAAAUGGAACAAGGUGAUGAUGCGAGGACUAAUGGUUUAGGAUUGUUAGAACAGGUACAUAUUGUAUAGGAUCAUUUCCUUUUAUAGGUUUGAGUGAGUGCUAAAUAAUAUUUUAAUUAAAGACUUAUUUUUAUACUUACUAUUG